AUGGACUCCCCUAUCUUGAACUCGUUUUUUCAGGAAAAAGAUACAAGAAACACCCUGGUCGUCGCCUCGGUCUUGUUUCUUAUGCUUUUCCUGAUCAGUUACUUCAUAAGGUGGCUGCUUUUCGUUGCAGCCGUUCGCAGUCAAGCAGCUGACAAAAAGCCUUCCACUAUUCCGUACUUGAUACCUCUUGUUGGAAACAUAUUCUCGUACAUCUCAGACCCCUUUGAGUUCGUCACUAAGGCAUACACCAAUUGCAACGGAAACCCAACCCCCAUCUGCAUCAAGCUCGUAACCAAAGAAAUGAUCCUUGUCCGUGGAUCGGAGAACAUUAAGUCAUUGUGGCGGCAAACACCACUCACAACACCGACCACCAACAUCUACUUCGUGCUUCGUUAUAUGUUUGGCUUGCAUGCUGAGGCAGCGAUGCGAUAUCUCGAGGAUAAUUCUGGAAUGGGUGUUCAGCCACAUCCAGAGAGCAACGUUGCACCCCACAACCGGAUUGACUUUCAGACGCAUAAAGCCCUACAUCAGUUUCUCGAGGGUGUUGGCCUAGCUCCAUUCUUUGACCGUUUCCAAAAGAAAUUUUCUCAGCGACUAAACAAUCUUCCAAUCGGAGCCGAAUGGGUCGAAAAACCGGACAUGGUCGACUUCCUAACAAAGGAGUUCCUACGGGCCAAUCUUGAUGCAAUGUGCUCCCCAGCAAUGCUAAAUUUGAACCCCGAAUUCCCACAGCUCUUUUGGGAGUACAACGAUUGGAUCGUCUGGUUCACAAAGGGAGUUCCACGUAUUUUUAUGCCGAAGGGGUACGCAGUUCGCGACAAGCUCCUGAAAUGCAUCAAGAAGUGGCACUGCUACGCUGCAGAGCAGACAGAGCACUCUAAGAUGAAAUACGAAGGCGAGGAGGACCCGUUCUGGGGCUGCAGGUUCUUUCGCGAGAGGCGACAGACGUUGGGAAGGGUCGAUAAUUACGACGAGGAUGCGCUCGCAAGCAUGGAUCUUGGGGCUAUAUGGGGGUUUAACACUAAUCUCGUCCUGGCGAGCCUUUGGGCCGUGAUGGAUGUGUUCGAUGAUGUUGAGCUAUUGGCGCGCGUCCCCCGCGAGGUCGAACAGUGUGUAGGUCCGAAGCUAAGCGACCUAGACGUGGCCAAACUGUUGCAGCAGCCGGUCUUACAAGCCGUCUAUGCAGAAACGCUGCGGCUACGCGUGCACCUCUACAUAGUACGCUACUCGGAGCGAGACGAUCUUGUGCUGGGUGACUGGAAGAUCCCAAAAAAGAGUACGGCGCUAGCGUGUACAUCGACAGGCCAUAUGGACGAGGAGGUAUGGGACACUCGGCAUCGAUUUCUCGUCUAUCGCAACGACCCUGACGUCGACCAUGGGGAGACACCGAAAUUCUCUGUCGAAAAUAUGGCAGGGUCAUGGUAUCCAUUUGGGGGCGGCGUACAUAUGUGCCCUGGCAGGCAUUUUGCGAAACGUGCUAUUAUAGCAACGCUGGCGAUGAUGGUGAUGCGCUUCGACGUCGAGGUGACUGCCGAUGUUGAAGCACGGAGGAUGAAAUAUCGUGAAUUUGGUCUGGGGACGCAGUGUCCGCAUGGACCGUUGCCAUUCCGGAUUCGGCGGAGGUAGUUAUGAGGAAGUAGAAGAGGUUGCGAGAAGACCGAAACAAGAAGGUGCCAUGCGACAUCUCUUGAAAUUGCCCUAUUGGUGCGACGUACAUAGAAACCGCCUGCAGGUUAGUUUUGGCCCCCGUGACUACUCAAUGAUGAU